AUCAGUUUGUAGUUUCACUUUCCUCCGUGGCUUGCAAAGUGUGGCAGUCUUUGAACGAUAGCGGGAAACCGCCGUGAAACAGUCGUAAGCAGAUGGCGGAGCCGGGCAGGACCGUGAGGGUGAGCGGUCUGCCCGCUGACAUUGAGGAUAACAGGCUGAAAGACAAGCUAUUUAUCCACUUCCUGAGAGCCAGGAAUGGAGGAGGGGAAAUAACCUCUGUUACCAUUGUCAAGGCAACGCCUGUCUCUGCCCUCAUCACCUUCGAUGACAGUGGAGUGGCACAGAGACUUAUUCAACACAGAGGGCACACUCUGGAAGUGGAUGAAAAGAAGUAUAAAGUCAUUGUAACUGAGCACCGAGAAAGCCUGGACCCAGACAAGGUCAUCUUAAGAUUAUCAGCAACUGUCGACCUCAGCCAGCUUCCUGGGGGAAUAAUGGCACUGACAAACCUUCAUAAGAGCCACCCUGAUAUCCAGAUGAACCACGAUGCUACUGAGGAAUUGUGCACAUUGGAUGGUGCCUAUUCCAAAGUCCAGGCUGCUUUGGCGCAACUAUUUGGUCACCCUGAAAGACCACAAUCGGCCGAAAACAAUCACUCAGGUCAACCUGCCACCAGUGGCUCCAAGUCCAUUCAGACAGUGCUGAAGCCUCAUAUUCAGGAGUCAGAGGGUCAGAGCAGGAAACCGAAUAAGCAAAGAGAACAACAUGAGAAAGUUCACAUUGGUAGGCCCUCUGAUGAGUACAACUCCAGCUCACAUGGAGACCUGACACCUGGUGGUUAUGUUUUGGGAGAUACUGGCCUGACGGAGGGUGCAGCUCUGCAGCUUCCUGGGCAUCCUACUACAUCAGAGGAGGACUUCUCACUAAUUGUGGAUGCAGACAUGUUCCAGUAUCUGCAGAAACACUGCAGGAAGGAAUACCAGCAUAUCCUUAGUCAGUAUGGUGUUGAUGUAGUGGAUAUGACAAAUCAGGGGUUGACUACUCUGUUUUUGCAGGUAGCAACAGGAGUGGGGGAGGAUGGCCGGGAUCAGGAGAGCCUGAAGUUGGCAAGAAAGGCAAUAAGUAGGCUUUACGAGGAGAACGAGACCAAGAUCCGUCGAGACCAGCUCCCUAAGAGCAUCCUGUCCCUCAGGGGGGGGCAGCAAAGGGUGAUGGACACCUUAAGUGUCAGAUUUCCUAAGCUUCUUCUGAAUGAAGAUGAGCUAAAUAUUUACAUUAUUGGGAGCAAUAGUGAUGUGUCUGAGGCUAAGCUGUUACUUCUCCUGGACCCGAGCAAAGUGAGGGGUAAAAAAGAGGAUGUAGCCAGUCUUCUUAGAUAUCAUCUAGAUGAUUCUGGCUCAUCAACACAUGCUCAUGAGUGGAGAGUCCCCCUCACCUUGUCCUCCACCGCAGAUUCUCAGGGUGACAGGAUAGAUCAGCAGCUGAGGUCAGAGGAGGAUGAGAGGAGAGCUGAAGGAGCCAAAAAGUAUAAACUAGCUGCUCGGUUUAAGGAUUCAGGUCUUGCUGCAUUUGGCAGUCGACCAACUGACCUCACCUUACGAGGGCUCUCGUCUCCCAUUCGACAAACACGCCUCGGGCCAAUAUUAGGUCAUGAUGUACUGUCAAAAACAGCAGGGAUUUCUGAUGAAAGUGUCUCCAGAGCGUUAGCCCAAAACACUGGAGGGGACAUCUUGUUCAAGAGUGGAUCUGCUUUGCCUUCAAAUGCUUCGAUGCAGAAUAAAACCUCCUCGAAGGCUCAUUUAAUUGAUACUCGACCCAAGAGCUUAACAUCUCCUAUUACCAAAACUCAGUCCAGUUUGUCGGGAAGUACUUUGCUUCCACCUGCUGGAUCUGGAUCCACCUUGAAGCGAGUCAAUAGUUUCUCAGGAACACCUCUGCAGAAGGCCCAAGUUUUGAGUCCGAAGAGUCAAGACGACUCCGCCAAGUCCACAGUCAGAGCCAGGGGCAGGUCCUCUAGCUUCAGUAACCAAACAGAGAGGGAUAAGCGGGAAGUCUACAAUGCAGAGAUUACAGUUUCCCGUGAGAUGUGGAAGCACAUAAAAGAAGCCUACAGCUCCCGAGUGGAUGACCUGACUUCUGAUGUCCAGAUGAAAGAGAGCUGCUUAGAGGGUAGUUAUGAUCUGACUGUCACCUUAAGAGGGGCAAACUCAGCCAAAGUGAGUUUAUGUCAGCUAGGUUUACAGCAGCUGGUUGAUUCGGUUUGUGUAGACUUCUCUGUGGACCAGCUGCGCCUGUCAGAGCUGGGUAUCACUAACGAAGCAGAUGAAACCUUACAGGCUUGUUGUGCUGAGGUGCGUAGCCGGUUCAAGAAAGUUACCAUAAGGAUUUCAAAGAAGACCUUAUUGGUUCUCGGCCCGCAAGCGUUGUGUUCUCAGGUGGGUGCUUCCCUGCGGGAGGUAUUUUCUCGGGAUCUGGCCCAAAUACCUGAACGACAGGACCUCUCUGGCCCUUCUGCCUCCAAAUCGAGUCCAUCCACAUUUUUGCAAAUGAACAAGGACCAAAGUACUAGUCUGCACUGUUACAGUAAUCCUCAGGUGACGCUAGAGAGACAAACAAGCAAAGCCGAUGGGACUGAUAGUAGUCGGGAAAGGAAAACAAACCAGAGAAGUGACUUCCGUGAGACAGAGCUUGUGAAUGGAUCUAUUACUCAACUGUUGGUGAGGAAAGACCCUGUCAUUAAAGAGAAAGUGAAAAUUGUAGAAACACUGGAGAUGGAUGGGCAGAAGAGUGAGCCAUUUGUCAGCCACACUACACCAGGAAUUGAUAGUGCGAGACAUGUGAAUGAUGUCAUCUCAACAACAACCCCGACUGAUAAAGACAUGGCCCUUCAUGAGAAAGAGAGAACUAUACAGUCUACCCACAAGGACAGUACGCAGCAAAGACAAACGGAGAUCCAGGACACACCAGAGGUAUCCAGAUCAGGUCCGGGUGGCACGGGGUGCAUCUGUGUCUGUGGUGAGAGUGAGAUGCUGACGAUGAAAACAAAGUGUGGAGCUAGCAUGUGCUCAAAGUGCCUGGACACAAUACACGUCCAAUGCAGAGUUUGUCAUGAGACAGAGGCGACGACACGGGGCAUCAACGGCAAAAUGACCAACUCUAAACUAAACAUCACUCUACCAGGUCACACAAAAAACUCUGUGAUCAAGAUCACUUACUGCAUUCCGGAUGGUAUCCAAGGGGAGGAUCACCCUUCUCCAGGAGAACCAUUUCAAGGAGGGGUGUUUGAAGCCUAUUUUCCCGACAGCGAGAAGGUCAGAAAGCUGAUGCCAAGGCUGAAAGACGCAUUCAGACAGGGACUCACCUUCACAGUGACGGGCAAAGACACAGGGGCCAGGGUCUCCUGGGACUGUAUCCCACACAAGACCACCCUAUAUGGAGGCAAAUCAGGGAGCGGUUACCCAGAUUCCACUUACUUGGCUCGCUUAUCUGAAGUCUUGACCUCCAAGGGGAUUGGAGAGCCACCAGCCGAGUCUUAAACAUAAAAGCAAUCUAAGGAGGUCUUCUUAAGCAGUUUUAUAAUUAAAAAAAAAUGUGAUUGGAGCCAUUUGCUCUGUAUUUUUAUAGCGAUGAGUAUCUGCUUUUAUUAUGUUGUUUUUCAGCUCUCAUUGCAGUUAUUUUGGAUUUUUCAAUGUCAUAACCUGCCUCACCAUUGCUUUCUUCAAGAUUGAAGUUGACAUUUUUCAAUGUGACCAACCGCUGUUUUCUUAAUCAUUUCACAUAGCAUUCCCGAACAUGUUCUUACUGUUUCAGCAUUAUUUUGGAAAAAAAUGCAUGGUACUGUAUAUAUAUAUUUUUUACCGUGCUGUGGAGUUUUAUCGAUCCUGUAAUUUAGGAAGGAAUAGCAAUGAAGAUAUUUGUAGAAUAUUGGGGAGUAAAAUUAUAUUUUCCAGAAUGGGCACUGAAAUAAAAGAGCACAUCUCCUGACGUUUUGUUAUGCUUUUUUUAUUAGUCCUGGAAAACAUGUAAGGCAUAUGGUAACAUUACACACUGAAGCGUUACAAGCUCUAGAGGCCAUGUGGACAACAUGGCACCACGCAGUAAACCCAGAGUCAAGCACAGAAGCAGCAUCAAUUCAAAGGGUUUAAAAAACAAAGUGGAGACGAGAAGAGUGUUUGCAACCAGGAAAAAAACCCCACCAACACGAGGAAGGACAGA